AUGGAUGUUUCUCCGUCUUCUGGCGAGCCCAAAACGCCUCCUCCCUUCCUCAGAAACCCGGAACCUGAUGCCGAUCUCGGUCAGGGGGGCAAAGAUGCUACCCGCAAUGGCAGCGUCGCCUUGUCCCGUCCAGAAGCAGAAGCAGACCCUACGCCGCCAGAUAUCCACCCCCCCGACGUGGCCACUCAAACUCGACAAAAGGUCUACCAUACUGGAUGGAAGCUCCAUGCCUUGACAGCAGGACUAUGCCUCAGCUUGCUGCUCUCGACACUGGAGACCACCAUCGUGAGUACCUCCCUGGUGUCUAUCGUCGACCACCUUCAAGGCUUCGAUAGGGCCAGCUGGAUUGUGACCUCCUAUCUGUUGACAUACACUGGCUUCCUGAUCAUCUUUGCAAAACUGAGUGACAUUCUCGGCUGCAAGUUGAUGCUCGUCUCUGCCAUCACUCUUUUCACCAUUUUUUCCAUUGCCUGCGGUGCUUCCGAGUCUAUGCUGCCAUUGAUCGUUUUCAGAGCUCUUCAGGGUAUGGGAGGCUCUGGCAUCUAUUCGCUCUCCACCAUCAUGGUUCCGCUGAUGGUGCCUCCGUCCAAGUACGCAACAUACAUCGCCAUUGUAACCUCCGUCUUCGCCAUAUCUAGUGUUCUCGGCCCUCUUCUGGGAGGCGCCAUCACCGACAACACCACCUGGCGCGGCCCAGGCGGAGCCCUUGCAGCCGCACUCAUAGCGCUCGCGAUACCCUUUGGCUUCCCCUAUGGCGACUCGACUACAUUCUUCCGCAGCUUGAUCUCGGAAAAGAGGUGGAAACGAAUUGACUUGCUCGGCGCGACCCUUUCGUUGGCCGCAUCCAUCCUCCUUAUAUUUGCUCUCCAGCAAGGGGGCGUAGAGUAUGCCUGGAACAGUGGCGCCAUCAUCUCAACGUUUGUCUUGUCUGGUAUUUUGUGGCUGGCUUUCAUCGCCUGGGAGCGCAAGCUGUCGGGAAGAAGCGGCGUCUGCGAGCCCAUCUUCCCCUGGCGUCUGACCUCAAACCGAUUUGUCGUUGGUUUGCUUCUAAAUGGCUUUCUCACGGGCUUCCCUUUCAUGGCCGCAAUAAUCAAUAUUCCGCAGCGGCUGCAGACGGUCAACUCGACGACCGCCAUCGGCGCUGGACUCCGCAUGCUACCUCUGCUACUUCUAUCCCCGGUGGCAAGCGCUCUCUCCGGCGUGUUGAUUACGAAGCUCAAAGUUCCCCCGCUUUACGUCCUCACCCUGGGCGGUGUGCUUCAGGUGAUUGGCGUCGGUUUGUUCAGCUCACUUGAUUCGACCACUCUGAGGGUCCCAGAUGCGCAGUACGGCUAUCAGGUCAUCAUGGGCCUCGGGUUUGGCUUCAAUCUAGCAACCAUAUUGAUGAUGGCAACCAUUAUCGUCUCAGAGAAAGACCUAGCCGUGACAAUGGGCGCCGUGACACAAACCCGUGUCCUAGGCGGCACAAUUGGCCUUGCCGUCUGCUCUGCAUUGCUUAUUGACCACAUUAGGGCUCAAGCCUCGGCCAUCUUGACGCCCACGGAACUGGCUAGCAUAUUGUCAUCGUCAGGCAAUAUCGCCUUGCUGCCCCCGGAAAAGCAGUAUGAGACGAGGGUCAUUUUCGCCGAGGCCUAUUCGCGGCAAAUGAGGGUCAUGCUGUACUUUUCCUUGGCGGCCCUCGGUUCGGUUCUAUUUCUGUUUGAAAAGAAGCCCAGGAGAGCAGUGACUACGACGACAGUGGAGGAUCCGACACCCCCGUCUUCAUAG